AUGACUUUCUACGGUCCAUCAUUUCCGAACGAAUCCCAUUACGAAAAUUUGACGAAUGCACGACAAAGAUUCGGCAGUCGAAGUGCAAACAUGUUCUUCGUACGUCCAGCUCGACAUGCUGCGUGUCCAAGACGAUUGAAAUUUAUGCAUAAUAUCAAAACGGGAUUCAUUCCUUAUAUAGAGGAUACACCAAACUAUGCCAGUCGUUUAAUGAAAAGCAAUCGAUUUCAAAACUCGAAUGAUUUAGAUAUGGACAAAACCAACGGUUUCGGGCUUUACAAUUCAGCUGAUGCUUGGCGUCAUGAAUUGAUGGACUUAGCUCAACAAAUAAAAUCAUCAUUAACGACAAGUGACGAACAAGAACAGUACUUACGUCAGUCUCGAUCCGCACGAUUAAAUAAUUCCAUUACAAAACGCAGUUGUAGCUCAGCAUCAGGUUUCGGUUUUGAUACCAAUGAUGAACAGAACGUUUCCAAACGAUUAUUACAACGACGCGCAAGUCAACGGUCUCAACGACCACAAACAUCCAAAGUGAAACCGAGCACGGCCAAAGCUGAUCAAGAACAAGCAUCAUUGAAUGACGAAAACCAAGAUCCAGGAAUAUGGUUAAUUCCAAUUCUCUGCUAUAUCUUACAAACGGAUAAUAUUUUCGAAGCACAAGAUUGGCUGGUGAACGCAAAUCCGACGGAGAAACGUCUGGCAAUGGAAUUAAUCAGUCGAACCAUGCACGAUAUGCAAUGUGUCGAAACUGAUCUUCCAUCAGAUACUUUGAAUUCCGAUCAAUCGUCGACAACAAACAUGAACAAUGUCUAUUGGCCGUACAAAAUUUGGCAACGUCAAGAAAAAGAUCGUCAAAAACAGCAGUUAGAAACGUUUAUGAAACAAUCAAAAUUAACUCCACAAUGUUCUGUCAAUGCUGAUAACAACGAUACAUGCGAACGCGCUACAUCUCCACUUCGAACCAUGACACCAGGCAAGCGUUUAACAACACCGGCAAACAAUAGUCGUCAUACUCCUGUCGAAAUUACCGUUGUCGAUCGGCCAGCCACACGUCAUGCUAACGAUCGAGCAACUCCAACAAUCAUUAUCCGAGAUAAUCCGAAUGCUCCACCAACAGAUCGACCAUACUCAUCAGAAAAGCGUCCUUUAUCACGACUUACAACAGCGAGUACUUCCAAUGCACAAGAUCGUUCAUCUCGCCGUGGCUAUCGUGUCGCAACAAGUUUAAAUAAUUCUUAUACGGAAAACACAAAACCAACAACGCCGACAUUCCGAGGCAAAACACCAUUAAUUUAA